CACAAGCAGGAAUAUCUCAGAAGGACAUCUAAUGUUAUCCCCGGAUUGUGACAUUAAAGAUAAUGACAGUAGACAGGAUUCUCCAGGAGCUAACCCCAUUACCCCAAUUAUACAUCCAGCUCUAUCAGCUGAUCCCUCUGAUCCUGGGAAAUAUUCUCCUGAUCACUCUAUUGGUGCAUCUGUUACAGCUCUGACAGUAGAUAUAGAGUUUCCCUUUUCUAUAGAUGCCAAAUGUUUUACAAAGAACACAAAGCGUAUUACCCAUCAACCAGCUAAGGCAGGUGAGAGGCAAUUUCCGUGUUCUGAGUGUGGGAAAUGUUUUAAAUACAAAUCAGCUUUCGUUACACAUCAGAAAAGUCACACAGGUGAGAAACCAUUUCCAUGCUCUGAGUGUGGGAAAUGUUUUACAUACAAAUCAGCUUUUGUUACACAUCAGAGAUAUCACACAGGUGAUAGGCCAUUUCCGUGUUCUGAGUGUGGGAAAUGUUUUAUACAGAAAUCAGAUCUUGUUAGACAUGAGAGAAAUCACACAGGUGAGAAACCAUUUCCAUGUUCUGAGUGUGGGAAAUGUUUUGUACAGAAAUCAGAUCUUGUUACACAUGAGAGACGUCACACAGGUGAGAAGCCAUUUCCAUGUUCUGAGUGUGGGAAAUGUUUUGCACACAAAUCACAUCUCGUUAGACAUGAGAAAAGUCACACAUAUUCUGAGUUUGAGAAGUAAAUCAGCUCUUUUUCACACAAUAGACAUCACACAGGUGAGAAACCUUUAUUAUCUCAUCAUCACCAUGCAAUGUUCCUCAAGGUCCUGUCCUAUCUCCUAUGCUUUUUGCAAUAUACCUGCUGCUACUGAGUGAAACAAUCAGACGUCAUGCCCUGGUCUACCACUGCUAUGCCGAUGACCUCUCUUUUUCUCUGUGUACUCGGAACCCAAUACCAAUCCUAAGUGGCUGUCUAGCUGAGCUCCAGGUGUGGGUGAUACCAGUUGGCUGUGACUCAGUUGUGGUGAAACGUCCUUAUGAUAGAGUCUCACCUACAAAGGGCAAGGCAACAGCGUUACCAACCAACAUGGGAAGGCUUUCUGUCUGACCUCUCAUUACACAACGUAUCCUGAUCCCGGCUCUAUGUGACCUCUCACAUCUAUCACUUGUGUCACAUUACAUCUUAUACCUGUAGUUUUAUGUUUCUGUUGUUUCCCUGUUACCUGUUCUGUAAGAUCAC